AUGAAUGGGAAUAUGUCUCAAAAUAAUGAAAGCUCUGUAAGCACACCAUCAAACUAUACUCGUCCUAGUAUGACUACCAUUGACAUUUUGAAACAAGAAUUAUAUCAAACACAACUACAAUUGAAAACAAAAAUUGCAUUUAUUAGUGAACUUCAAAACGAUGUAGAGCAGUUACAAAUAGUUGAAGAUGAUAAUAUUAAGUUGAAAUCAGAAAUUUCAACAAAAGAAUCAGAUUUAAGGCAAUGGACUGUAAAAUAUUCCAAUUUAGAGUUCAAAUUAUUAGACCAACAAAAAGACCAUUUAUUAGAAAUCAAUUCGUUAAAUGAGCAACUAACAGUCUUAAAACAUUUAAAAGAUAAACCAAAGGAAGAUUUACCAGUGAAUUUAAAUGAAAGUAUUAUAACAGAAUUAAAAUCUGAGUUGGAUGAGAAAAAGGAAAAAUAUGAAGGGAUGCAAAAUAUGAUAAAUAAUCAAGAAAUUAUUAUUAUGGAGUUAGAACAUUCAAAAAGUAGAGCUAUCGAAGAAUUAGAAGAACUUAAAAUAAAAGUUGAAUUUAAAACUGACCAAUUAAAUGAAUGGAAGCAAAAAUAUGAAACAUUGCAAGAAGAAUGUGAAAUGCUUAGACUGCAAGUCAAUAGUAUAAAUAACUUAAAUGAUCAUAAUAAAAGAGGAAAUUCAUUGUUUGCUGAAGUUGACGAUAAAAGACAAGCAUUGACAGCCGAGCUGGAAAUGAAAAGGGAAAAAUAUGAAACUUUGAAAAAAUGUUUAUCAAAAGCAAACCAUGAAAACAAUCAAAUAAAGAUGGAAAUGAUGAGAUUAGAAAAGCAGUUGUUAGAAACCGAAAGAAAUGAUGACUUAGAAAAAUCUACUUUAAUUCAAAGUUAUAAAAAUCGUAUAAGCGAUUUAGAAGCCAAAAUAAGAGAAUUAGAUAAAAGACCAGAGACUCCACAAAUAUUGAAAAUAGACAAUUUAAACAAUGAUAGCAUGAAUGUUGUUCUUCAAAUUGUGUCUGAUGUCCGAAAAGAAAAGAAAGCUUUGGAAGAAGAAAUGAAUAGAAGGUCAGUUAGAGAUAUGGAAGCUCGACAACAAUGUUUUAAAGGAGAAUGUGAAAUUCGACAGCUUAAGAAAGAGAUGAGAAGAGACAAAUUGCAACUAAAAGAAUUAGAACAACAAAUUUCUGUAUUGAAAUCUAAAUCGUCAACAUCCAAGGAAAACAUUGAUGAAGAUAAACGUAUAGCAACAAAAGGGGUACGUUUUCACAACAACUGUAAGAUUGAAGAUGGAGGCCCUUCAAUGAAACAAGUAAAAAAAAUUCCACAACAAGCUGUUUUAAACACAAUUUUUUGUCCAAAAUUUGAAGAAUUAUAA